AUAUAAUCACUGUCUUUCCGACCUCUUUCCCCAUCCACCAUUUUCACAUCUGAGAUGUUGAACUGAUUAGACAUACCUAAAAGUGCUCGGGUAUUUCCGAUUCCCUUUAAUUUUAGAAGGGAAUCCUUUUAUCCCCUUCUAGGAAAUUGGGCAUUCAAGAUGUUUCCACCAUUGGUCCUUGCUUUCCUGAUCGGAAGUUAGCUGAUGAUCAAGAUACCUCACCAUGAGGAUGACUAAGCACGAUAAAUCCGCCUCUUAGGAAUUCGACGAUAAACCCCUCCAAUUCUUAUCUCUGGAUUCUACAAUGAUUUUUCGUCUAAGUUGCUUAAAAUGACAGUUGAACAAUCACCACAUCUAACGAUCCCUGUGAUCGAUAUAUCGGGAUACGUCAAUGGUGAUUUAUCUCGGACAUCCGAAAUCGUGAAGGAGUUGGGUUCCGCGUGUUGUACCCCUGGUUUCUUCCAGAUAGUUGGACAUGACGUCCCCGCCGAACUACGGAAUCGCUUAUUUGCCAAGGUCGCUCAGUUUUACGAUCUACCGCAAUCCGCAAAAUCGGCUCUAAGCCGUGGUCUUUCUGCUAAUGGUGCGCGGGGUUACGAAGCUAUCGGAACCGAAAUUAUGGAGGGCGACUUCCAGGACCAGAAAGAGGGCUUCAUGAUAGGCCCCGAACUACCACCUGGAAGACUCCUUCAAGGGCCGAAUCUGUGGCCUGAUGAAAGUGAAUGCGCCGGCUUUCGGUCUACGAUGGAAGAAUAUUUCAUCGCCGUGCGAAGUCUAAGCGUGAAGAUGUUCCGCCUCUUAGCGCUAAGUCUGCGCCUCGAGGAAAAUUACUUCGACACUUUCGUGGAUAGUCGCGACUCUAUUUCGAUGUGCCGCGCACAUAGAUAUCCGAAGGCUAGUGUUGAGUCGUCUAAGAAGUCUCGUGGAACGGGCGCCCACACAGACUUCGGCGCUAUGACCCUACUACUCCAGGACGAUAUCGGCGGUCUUGAAGUUUUCCAUCGGCCCAGUAGUACAUGGCAUGCCGUUCCAUACGUCGAAGAUGCCUAUGUCGUCAAUAUUGGCGAUAUGAUGGAACAAUGGACGAACGGCCGAUAUAUGUCAACUCUUCAUCGCGUAAUCUCGCCAGUCUCGGACAAGGACAGAUAUAGCGUGGUUUUCUUCAACGAAGGUCUGCUGGACCAAGUCAUCGAGUGCAUUCCGACAUGUCUCAAACCUGGUGAAGCGCCCUUACAUGAGCCAGUGACCGUAGAAGCCCAUCUACGGAAACGUUAUGGCGAGAGUUAUGGAGAGCACAAUAACGAAGGCCCGGAUAAGUAAUAAAUCAUGCAUAUUCGAUAGCAAGGGCUUGCAGAAAAUCCUUUCAAUAUGACCAGUCACCAGACCAGGAUAUAGGUGGUUAUACCGACAGCUUUGAG